UAUAUACAAAUAUCGGCAUGAUCCCACAGCUCCCACUUAACCAUCAACAUUUAUUACAGGCCAUUUUUGAUUUUUCUUGAACCUCUCUCUCUCUCAAUCUGUUUAUAGCCAUUGAAGGAAACAAGAAAAAAGCUUGAUCAAGCAAUGGUUCUUCUUAGUUUCUCCUUAAGAUUCAUUGCGUUCACUCUGACUAUAACUCUGACUCAGAUUGCUGAUGGGUUUCAGAGUCGAAUGUUGAUGAACAAUGGACUUGCUCUCUCUCCUCAAAUGGGAUGGAACAGCUGGAAUCAUUUUCAGUGUAAUAUCAAUGAAACCCUUAUCAAACAAACCGCUGAUGCAAUGGUUUCAAGUGGUCUUUCUGCAAUAGGUUACAAGUAUAUCAACAUAGAUGAUUGUUGGGGUGAACUCAAGAGAGAUUCUCAGGGGAGUUUGGUUGCAAAAGCAUCAACAUUUCCUUCAGGAAUCAAAGCUUUAUCAGAUUAUGUUCAUAGCAAAGGGCUAAAACUUGGGAUAUACUCUGAUGCCGGGACUCUUACCUGCAGCCAAACCAUGCCGGGAUCACUCGGGCAUGAAGAACAAGAUGCCAAGACAUUUGCCUCAUGGGGGAUUGAUUACCUCAAGUAUGAUAACUGCGAAAAUACAGGGACAAGUCCAAGAGAAAGAUACCCUAAGAUGAGUAAAGCGCUGUUAAAUUCAGGAAGAUCCAUAUUCUUCUCUCUGUGCGAAUGGGGACAAGAGGAUCCAGCAACUUGGGCAGGAGAUAUUGGCAACAGUUGGAGAACAACAGGAGAUAUCCAAGAUAAUUGGAAAAGCAUGACAUUGAUAGCGGAUCAGAAUGAUCGAUGGGCAUCUUAUGCAAGACCAGGAUCGUGGAACGAUCCAGACAUGCUUGAAGUGGGAAAUGGAGGCAUGACUAAGGAAGAAUACAUGUCGCAUUUCAGCAUCUGGGCAUUGGCAAAAGCUCCUCUGCUGAUCGGCUGCGAUCUUAGAUCGAUGGACAAAGUUACAUUUGAAUUGCUUAGCAACAAAGAGGUGAUUGCUGUUAAUCAAGACAAACUUGGGAUCCAGGGAAAGAAAGUAAAGAAAGAAGGUGAUCUUGAGGUAUGGGCAGGUCCACUAAGCAAGAAACGAGUAGCGGUCAUCCUAUGGAACAGAGGAUCAGCAUCUGCAAACAUCACAGCUCGAUGGGCUGAGAUUGGCCUCAAUUCAUCAGAUAUUGUUAAUGCUCGUGACUUAUGGGAGCAUUCGACAUAUUCAUGUGUUAAAAAGCAGCUAUCUGCCCUAGUGGAGCCUCAUGCCUGCAAAAUGUAUACUCUUACAAGACGCAAGGCAUAAGAUGCCAAUCUGGUGCAGAUAAAGUUAUGGAAGUAAAACUGAUCAAUAGCAAAAUCCUGUUGAAAGCAGAAGAUUGUGCCAAAACAUCUUCUGGUUUCAGUUUGUAUCUACUAUGCUGAAUAUAAGAUGCCAGAAACAGAAAUACUCAAUCCAACUUGCAUUAUAUUAAGAAUAAUUUGAGUUAUGGCAAAUCAUAUGCCACUUUUUAAAUAAAACUGAAAAAUCCAGAAGAUGUUC